AUAAGCCGGCGUGUCAGUGUGAAUCGUGACUGUACCAAAGCACACCUCACGGAGAAAUAUAGAUUUUAUAUAGGUUAUUUCUCAUUACCACUGCCUACUUUUAAGAAAAUCAUUGCGUCAGAUUAAGAAAAAAUCAUGCCAGAGCAAGAUUUUGCAAAGCUCGCAAUAGAUGGUAUUUAUACCUCAGAGAAAAAUGGAAGUGAUGAAACUGGAGAUGGUACUGAAGCAAAACCAUUUAAAACCAUUCUUCAAGCCAUGAGGUUUGCAGGAAAAGAACCAUUCCCUACCAUUUAUCAAGACUCCAAAGAGUCUGAUAAAAAAUAUGAACCAGCUGCUAAGUCCCAAUUGAAAAAAAUUCAAAAAAUUUGGGUAAGAGAACAGUUUAAAAAUGAAGAGAAGCAAAAAAAAUUAAUGGCAGAUGAUGAAAAACGUGCAAAAAAUUUGGACGAAGCUAAAUCUAUUAUGAUUGAAGAAGAUAAAUCUUUACCAGAAGCAAAACGAAUAAAAAUAAAAGAUACUACUGAAUAUCGAGAUCAACGUGUCAAGCUCUUUGGCUGGGUCCAUCGAUUACGAAGACAAGGCAAAGCCCUCAUGUUUAUUACUUUACGUGAUGGUACUGGAUUUUUGCAGUGUGUACUCAAUGACAAAUUAUGUCAAACCUAUGAUGCUUUAGUGUUGAAUACUGAAGCUUCAGUAGAAUUGUAUGGCACUUUGAGAAUUGUUCCAGAAGGAAAAACUGCUCCUGGAGGACAUGAAUUAUUGGUAGAUUAUUGGAGAUUGAUUGGAAAUGCUCCUCCUGGUGGUGCUGAUUCUAUUCUAAAUGAAGAAGCUCAUCCUGAUGUGCAGCUAGAUAACAGGCACAUCAUGAUUCGUGGAGAGAAUACUUCUCGAGUUCUCAUUAUGAGGUCAGUAUUGCUUCAAGCAUUCAGGGAUCACUAUAUAUCGCGAGGUUAUGUGGAAGUAACUCCACCAACACUUGUACAAACCCAAGUAGAAGGUGGAUCAACUUUAUUCAAGCUUGAUUAUUUUGGAGAAGAAGCCUUUUUAACUCAAAGCUCUCAGCUUUACUUAGAGACAUGUAUACCAGCAAUGGGUGAUGUUUUCUGCAUUGCUCAAUCAUAUCGAGCCGAGCAGUCUAGGACUCGUCGACAUUUAGCAGAAUAUAGCCAUGUUGAAGCAGAAUGUCCAUUUAUAACAUUUAAUGAUUUAUUAGAUCGUCUCGAAGAUUUAAUUUGCGAUGUUGUUGAUCGAGUUUUGAAAUCGCCUUAUGCUGAUAUCGUUAAAGAUUUGAACCCUGGAUUUCAAAUACCUAAAAAGCCAUUCAAACGAAUGAACUACACUGAAGCUAUUGAAUAUUUACGCGAACACAAUAUUACCAAAGAAGAUGGUAGUUUUUAUGAGUUUGGCGAAGAUAUUCCAGAAAUGCCCGAGCGAAAAAUGACCGAUGCUAUCAACGAGCCAAUAAUGCUUUGUCGGUUUCCAGCUAAUAUCAAAUCAUUUUAUAUGUCUAAAUGUGAAGAAGAUGCUCGAUUAACUGAAUCUGUUGACGUUCUUCUUCCGAAUGUAGGUGAAAUCGUAGGAGGAUCAAUGCGUAUUUGGGAUUAUGACGAGUUAUUAGAAGGAUACAAGAGAGAAGGAAUUGAUCCUACUGCUUACUACUGGUACACUGAUCAGAGAAAAUAUGGAACUUGUCCUCAUGGAGGAUAUGGUCUAGGACUCGAAAGAUUUUUGUGUUGGCUAUUGAACAGAUAUCACAUUCGUGAUACAUGUCUCUACCCUCGAUUCCUGGAACGAUGUAAGCCAUAAAUAACUUUGUUAGCUAUGAUAUUUUACAUUAUUAUAUUAAACUAAAUAAUCACAAAUAAUAAAUUGUCUGCAUAAUCUAAGCAUUAUGCUCUAAAAGUAA